CUUUGCUUCCAUUUCUGAAUCUUCUUUGCUUAAUUUUUCAUCUUCUUUUUAACUUACUAUAUACACACACCUCUUUCAAACCCUAGCCCUAAAUUCAGAUUUCCACAAUUUUUUUUGUUAUAAUUAGAAAUAAAAAUAUCAGAAAGUUAAAUGAUUUACUAUUAUGAAAAGGGUGUUUUCUUGAUUUAGUAUUUGUUGAGAAGGGUAUUUUUUUUCACUGUUUGGAAGAUCUCAAAAAUCCUAUUUUUGAGAAGAAAAAAAAAGGUUCUUGAUUUUGAUGAAGUUAAUGAGAAUUGUGUUUCAGUGAAUUGAAAGAUCUUGAAAGAACCCAUUUUUAGUUAAAUAUUCUUAAACCCAUUGUUACCAAAAUCAUUUUUUUCACAACCCCAGAUCAGAAUUUUGGAAAAUUCUGAAAAAGAUUGAAUUUUUAUUUUUUCUAUGUUGAGAGUAGUUUAAAGAUGGGAGCUGAAAAGAAAUGGUUAUAUGCACUUUUUUGUGCAGCUUUUGUAUCAUUUUUGAUAUUCUUGUCUUGCAUUUCUGGUUUUAGCUCAUCAUACUAUGCAUUUUCAUUACAGAGAAGAUUUGCCACGCCCGUGAAUCACGGGCCGGGACAUCCACCUGCAUUUGCAUACUACAUUUCAGGUGGAGGGGGAGAUAGUGAUAGGAUUUUUAGACUUUUGUUAGCUGUGUAUCAUCCUAGGAAUAGGUAUUUGUUGCACAUUGGUACUGAUGGGAGUGAAGAAGAAAGAUGGAAGCUUGGGAUGUUAGUGAAAUCUGUGCCAGUAAUUCAGGCUUUUGGGAAUGUGGAUGUGGUUGGAAAGCCUGAUCCAGUUACUUAUAUGGGUUCAACUAAUAUAGCGGCAAUGCUAAGGGCGGUAUCGAUUUUGUUGAAGGUGGAUGGUGGAUGGGAUUGGUUUGUUAAUCUAAGUGCCUCUGAUUAUCCUUUAAUUACACAAGAUGACUUAUCUCAUGUCCUCUUAUCUGUUAGUAGAGACAUGAAUUUCAUUGACCACACCAGCGAUCUUGGAUGGAAAGAGGGUCAACGAGUAAAGCCCAUUGUAGUUGAUCCAGGGCUUUACCUAGCACGAAAGACACAAAUUUUUUAUGCCACUGAAAAGCGGCCAAUGCCUGAGGCGUUCAAAAUUUUUACUGGUUCUCCUUGGGUUGUCUUGAGCCGACCAUUUCUUGAGUUCUGUGUUUUUGGAUGGGACAACCUUCCUAGAACCCUUUUAAUGUAUUUUACUAAUGCAGUUUUGUCACAAGAAGUCUAUUUCCAUUCUGUUGUUUGCAAUUCACCAGAGUUUAAGAAUACGACAGUUAAUAGUGACAUGAGAUAUAUGGUUUGGGAUAACCCCCCUAAGAUGGAGCCCCUCUUCCUUAACACUUCUGAUUACGAUCUGAUGGCGCAAAGUGGAGCUGCUUUUGCUAGACAGUUUAAUAAAGAUGAGGCAGUACUUGACAUGAUCGAUCAGAAUAUCCUUAAGCGCAGCCAGAACAGAGUGACGCCAGGUGCAUGGUGCAUCGGUGGCAAGAACUGGUGGAUGGAUCCUUGUUCCCGAUGGGGUGAUGUCAAUAUGUUGAAACCUGGACCUCAAGUGAAAAUUUUAGGGGAUUCUGUACAAAGACUGCUUCAAGAUUUGAGUUCAGAAUCAAAUCAAUGCAGAUGACGAGCAAAGUACGAUUUGAAUGUCUGGUAUUUCUACUGGCCCUGCCCUGAGUUGACGACCAGGUUUGUGUACUUUCAGCUUAGAUGCAUUUUUGGUCCACAAUUCUUUAUUGGGAGAUAUGUUCUUCGUUAUCCGCUUCUUCAGUGUUCAUUUUGAGAUUGCAAGUUGGAAGAAGCAUCGGCAGGCUCUUUCCAAGUUUUGGAUUGGGCUAUGGCCUUCGUACAACAUAGUCGUAGAGCCACCAUAUAUACUGUCUCCCAACAAUAAGAGGAAUCUCUCCAUUGUACCACAUCUAUAUUUUUUUGAUUGUAAGUUAUUAAUGAGUCUUCACAUCUCGUACAUGUAUGCCUUUUUAAGUUUUAUCAUCACUGGAC